GUCAGACGUGGUCGCAGAAUCGGAAAAAGGUACUCAGGAUGGCAAAAGAGAUGCGAGUGCGUCUAGAACGUAGUGCAGUGGCCACUGCGAGGGAAGGAAGAGGCGGGCCAAACCAAUGGACACGAGACCGCACCCUGCAGAUGAAGAGAGGGAGGGGGGCUAGGGGGAGAUCAGGAGGAGGGGUGAAGCACGGCUGCACAAUUCCGCACGGACCUUCUCCGUGCGAAAGCGCUGCGCGUGCAGCCGGGGAUGAGGCCGAGGCGGAGUCACGAUGUGGCUCUGCCUCGGCGGGGCGCGGCCCGCUGCCGCUCUCAGUCCGCCUGCACGCCGCGGGCCUCCCCCCUGGCCUGCUGCGCCUCGGUGGCCUCCUGGAGCUCGCGCAGCUUGGCCUCCAGCUCGGCGUCGAGCGCCCGCUUCCUCUCCUGCACUUCCUGCUCGCGCUGCCGGGCCUCCCGGUCCACCUCGGCCUGCGCGGCGCGCGCCGCCCGCCCCGCGGCCCGCGCCUCGCGGGCCCGCGCCCCGC